CUGUCUCACCCGCCCAAGUUUUGUUUUCUGCAAUUAAAAUGAACAGGGACUAUUAACUUCUUCUUCCUUCCUCUCCCUUACUAAGUCUUCUAAUCCACAAGAGCAUGGUACAAUCAGAAAACCUAUACCAAAAUUCCUAGAGUACUUAAAACUGAUUUUGCCGAAACCCAGUAAUAGGAACAAACCCAUUCCAAUGUGUGCGUUCUGGGAAAUUUCUAACCCUUUUAAUUACUUAUCUGUAAUGGGCAGACGGACUAUGAGCUCAUCAUUGCUUGUUGUGAAGCAGUGACCCUAAUCAGGAGAAAAAUCCCAUAUAUCAAUGGCGUCAAAGAGAAAAGGGUCGGAAGGUAUAGCUCUUUUAUCCAUGUACAAUGAUGAAGAUGAAGACAUGGAUGAUGCUGGUGAAGAGGUGGACAACAAAGAAGAUACUAUUAACAGCGAUUCAGACUCUGCUUUUGAAGCUAUACCCCAACUUCUUCAAUCUCAAGCUUCUAUCCCAACUGAAGAUUCAACUCCGAGAAGUGAUAGGGUUGUGUCACUGACACCACAGAAGCCCCAGGCUUCGUUGAAUUCCCCACUGUUGGUGUCACGACCACCACCAUCUUCUGCACCUCUUUUGGAUGCUCAGAGUACGAGAAAAGGAACUCUUGCAAUUGUUGAUUAUGCACAUGAUGAAACCGCAAUGUCUCCUGAAGCUGAGGAAGGUGAAAUAGUCAGUGCUGGAUGUGUCAUGUUUGGUGAGGAGCUUCAAACUGUAAAUGGUGACUUCCAAGAGAGAACACCUCAAGGAAUAGUUCAGAUAUUAACUGCAGACUCUCAAACAACCCCUCAUCCUACUGAACAACUGGUACCACCACAAUCUAAUAACAGUAUCUCAAUUAAUGACUCUAGAAUCAAGUCAGAAGGUGCAGGUGUUGAGGAAGCUAAUAUGGUUUCCACAGAAAUACAGAGAGAUGUUGAUCCAUUGGACAGGUUCGUCCCACCGCCACCAAAAGCCAAGUGCCCUGAGCAACUCCAAGAGAAAAUAAACAAGUUUCUAUCAUAUAAGAGAGCUGGAAAAAGCUUUAAUGCUGAAGUUCGCAAUAGGAAGGACUAUCGGAACCCUGACUUCUUACUGCAUGCAGUGAGUUAUCAAGAUAUAGAUCAGAUAGGCUCCUGCUUCAGUAAGGAAGUGUUUGACCCUCAUGGAUAUGACAAAAGUGACUACUUUGAUGAACUAGAGGCUGAUAUGAAGCGUGAAAUGGAGAGAAAGGGACAAGAAAUGAAGAAGAAUCAGAGGCUUGAGUUUGUGUCUGGAGGGACACAACCUGGAAUUCUUACUGCCAGACCAAAGAUCAAUGUGCCGAACCCAGGAACUGCUUCUGAUGCCCUGGCUCGGGAUGGUAGACAGAACAAGAAAUCUAAGUGGGAUAAGGUUGAUGGUGAUAGAAGAAAUCCCCUGCUCUCUGCUGGACAAGAUGCUGUAUCUACUGUAGGGGCACAUGCAGCACUGUUAUCUGCUGCUAAUUUGGGAGCCGGAUAUACUGCUUUUGCGCAACAGAGGCGAAAAGAGGCUGAAGAGAAAAGGUCUAGUGAAAAAAAAUCGGAAAGAAGAUCCUGAUUGCAAGUUCUUUGAUAGUUAAAAAUUAGAGGUUGUGUACCAUCAGAUACUCAAAUGUUCGUACAAAAAUCGUGGAAAAUCGUGGCAGGAGAAAUACUCAGAAUCUGUUAGUCUUGUAUCAAAUUGAGGUUUCUCAUAAAUAAAAAUUCAAUCAUAUUCUUCCAUUGGUAAUUUGUUGAGUUCUGGUAUGUUAAAUUGUAGAGUUUUUCCUGUUUGUAAAAUGAAUCAAUGUGAAAUGAUGAGUCUGAUAUUUUAUGGUCAAA